UAAGUUCGGUGUCUUUUUCUUUCAAUACCCAUUUUAUGUGUUGUUGUUGAGCUUUAAAAUCUUCUGACCAGAGAGAGAGAGAGAGUGUGUGAAUCUUAUUAUAUGGGGUCUGAGACUGAAGUUCAGUUUCUUGGGUUUUGGGUUUCUUGAAGAAAAUUAUACUUUUCUGUUCAUGCAAAGAGAAAAAAAAUGGCCUACUUUUUUCCUAUUGGCCUUUCAUUUGUUGUAGUUAGAGAAAGGUGAGGGGGAUAAUGCAUGAGAGGCUUGUUGGCCUUUUCCUCUCGUUCUUUUUCCCACCACUUUAUCUGUCUUUUGAUUGUGCUCUUUUGCAUACAAAGAAAAAAACCAGAGAUAAGUAUCAAAAAAAAGAAAAAAAAAACCAGAGAUACUUCUGCACUUUGCUCUGCACUUUUGCCUAUUUUGGUACCUGUUGAAGGCAUACACAUUGCUGUCAAACCGUAUGGAAAAGACCACUUUAUCUUUUGAACUUUGAAAAUUUUGCCAUGGGGGACUCAUUUGGGACAAUCCUAUGAAUCUGCAUUGGAAAUUCUUAACUCCAUUUUGCCUUGAAAAAGGUUUGUUGGGGAAAACUUCAUUCUUGGUGUAUUUAUGAUGGCAAAUAUCUCCUCUACUUAUCAAUGCAAGGUUAAUAAUACUUGAAAGCAUAUUGUCAAAAGCAGAGUUGAGUGACCAUUGCCAUUAUACACAUAUCUCUUGAUUCUGGUUGAGAAAUUUCAUAAAGGGAUUAGAAAUUUGUUGCUUAUGAUAGCGGUUGAUAUGGAGAAUCAGAUGUUUAACAUUUCAUCACCGGACAUGGCAAGCCGAAAUUCUCUAGUAAUGGAUGGGAUUUCACCGCAUUCAACCAUGAACUCACUAGUUCAAUCCUAUUCAUUUGAUCACUCUAGUGAUCUUCAUGUCACGAAUCAAGCAGAGAAUAUUGUCAGUCCAAACGCAUUCUACACAUACAAAAGGAAUGUCGCUAGAGACGCCUCACUCGGCAGUUCAAGUGCUGCAGCAAACUGCGAGUUUCAGGAAACCCCUGAAUCUGCCGUUACCAUUGCUGCCUAUGUGGCUGCAAAGGGUGGCCUUCAAGAAAAUCUCAACAACUUAGCCAUUUCAGUGAUGCCUCAAAUGUAUUCCGCGGAAGUUUUAGCAGAUUUUGUUCAGAAUAAUUGCUCUAACACCUCGAAUUCUCGGUUUCCAACCUCCAUGAACGGCGGUAACGAUGAAGUGCUCGGUAUAAUCAACAGUCAGUGGGAUAUCCAGAAGUACCCUGCCUCAUUAGAGCUUGUUGGGAAAAGUUCUUCUGAGUUUCACCCUUAUUCAUCCACUGGAAAUUUGGCCCCUAAUGGAUGGAUAUCACCAGAUAGUGCAAGUUUAACCACUGUUCAUUCUUAUGGUUCCUCUAAGUUUAGUAAUGAGCUCUCUUUAACUCUUGCCACAUCUCAGCCUUCUGCCAUUACUGGGAUGAACAUUCCAGGUCAAUGCUCAGACAUGUCUUGCUCCGCGGUGGCUCACAACUCUUCAAAUGAGACAAUGUUGGGCUCGGAUCAAACUUCUUGCAACAGCGAGGAGCUUUCUCUGAGUUUUGGCUCCUACAGACCCCCCCAAUUCUCGCAAGUUAUAUUAGGUUCGCAAUAUCUUUGCGCAGUUCAGGAGAUACUUGCUCAGAUUGCAAGCUUUUCACUGGAGAAUGUAGACCAUGCCAAUUAUUUGAAUGCCAGUUUAGCCAUUAACACACCAUUUUCUUCAAACUGCUCCGCACAAAGAGAGAUAUCGCUGAUGGAUCCCUCAGAUGGUGGUAGUAGGCCUGAAGGAGGAGAAGUUGACCCUGCAUUGCACCGACGAGCAAUCGAGACAAAGAAAGCCAAACUCCUGGCUUUGCUACAAAUGGUUGAUGACCGUUAUAACCAAUGCUUGGAUGAGAUUCACACAGUUAUAUCAGCCUUUCAUGCGGCUACUGAGUUGGAUCCUCAGAUACAUGCUCGUUUUGCUCUCCAAACAAUAUCUAUAUUGUACAAAAGCUUGAGAGAGAGGAUUAGCAACCAAUGCCUCGCGAUGGGAUCGAGUUUUGACCCUUCAUGCUCGGGAGACACCGAAAGAUCGUUCGAGACUUCUUUCAUACAGAAGCAAUGGGCUCUUCAGCAGCUCAAAAAGAAAGAACACCAAUUGUGGAGACCUCAAAGAGGCUUGCCCGAAAGAUCUGUCUCGGUUUUACGGGCUUGGAUGUUUCAGAACUUCCUUCAUCCGUAUCCCAAAGAUGCAGAGAAACAAUUGCUUGCAGUAAAAAGUGGGUUAACCAGAAACCAGGUAUCGAAUUGGUUUAUAAACGCCCGUGUUAGGCUAUGGAAGCCAAUGAUAGAAGAAAUGUACGCAGAGAUGAACAGAAGAAAGAGUCGUCGUAACGAGAAUAUGACUGAAAGCAACAACCAAAGAAGCCGCACAAGUACCAGCAACAAUCAAAGAUACAAUGUGAAUUGAAGGCAGGUUCAUAGCAAAGUGGAAUUAGUAAAAACACAUAUCCAAAUCAAUUGUUAAUGCGUAUAUAUAAUAUAAUCACUAAAGCCUGCGUUUUCUGAUUAU